AUGGAUGCAUUACCUGUUAUAAUAUUGAGACAUUUGAUAUCAUUCCUUGAUAGUAAUGUUGAUAGGUUGAUGUUAUCAUUGAUAUGUAAGAGAAUACAUAAGUGGCAUACAAUCACCUUGCAUACUGAGCCAUCUGAUGAAUCAUAUUCUCACUCAAGUCCCAAUCUGGACUUCUACGCUGGUAAUGAUAUAGUGUACGAAGAUGAUAGAAGAGAGGAGCUGUUUAACAAGGUGUUGGCUGUUCCAAAUAUAGAAUCGGUUCACUUUGAGGAUUGUGCUGAGGAUGUGUUGGAUGAGACGUUAUGGUCUGCGAUGGGUGACCUACUCACCAGUUUGCAAUCACGUGGCGUCACUCAGUUGUCCUUAAAGACAUUCACUUCCGAGCCUUUCGUAUUCCCAAGUCAACUGACCAGUAUAUCAUUGGCAGGCUUCUUUGGCAGUUCCCUGAAUGGUCUUUUCCCAACCGGCCUAAAGACUCUCAUGCUCGGGUUAUGCUUUGGUCACACAAUCUCACCAGGUGAUCUUCCACCACAUCUAGAGACAUUGGACAUCAUGUCGGGCACACUUUUCACAUUCCAACCUGGAGUAUUCCCAAACACACUGAGGUCAUUGUCCUUUUGCUCCAACAUGCCCAUCAUUCCAGGAACACUGCCUCCCGCACUCAGACACCUCACCAUUGGCGCAGGCUUUGAUCAGCCACUUGACGAUGGAGUACUGCCCCAAUCACUUACAUCUCUUCGUUUCGAGUCACACUAUACUGGUAAUCUACUUGGUGGAAUGAUGUUUAGCCAUCCCCUGACCAAUCUGCCACCAAGCCUCACAGACCUCAAGUUGCCAAACGUGUAUAGUCAUGUGGUGGAUCACCAACCCUUGCAAUCAUUGAGUAUGUGGUCCGACUAUCAGAAAGUGUUGUGCAAGUCGGAUGUGAAGUAUCCCAACCUCACCAAGCUUAUGGUGUAUGACGUCUUGGAUAACCUCUUGGGCGUAACAUCUAAACAUUUCCCAGCAUUGCUCAUUUUGGAAACAACUCGGGACAGACAAUCAUUGAACAUUCACCAUGAUCUUUCGAUGGACUUAUCGUGCUUGCCAUCAGGUCUCGAGCACAUUGCGAUGAGAGUGCCAUCAACAUUACAAAUUCUAUCAUUCCCACCCAACCUCACUAGCAUGGUCGUGGCCAUUGAUCAUAAAGGUGUAUUCAAGCUGAGCGCUGGCCUACUACCAAACAGCAUCACAUCAUUGACAUUGAUUGGCUAUGGACAUCCAUUUGAACAAGGUCAUCUACCUCAGUCACUCACAAAGCUCAGUAUACCCGAGCACAGCAUAGACCUCGACCCAAAGGUGUUGCCAACAACAUUGAGACAUCUAAUUUGGACCACUGGUUAUACUCGACAAUUCUAUGAUUUCCUAAUGGUAUUCCCUGCGUCAAUCCAACGAUUUGAGCUUUCAUUCAACUCAAAGAUUGUCAACCUAUUGCGAAUCAAUGACACAACAUUCUUCCGUUAUCACAAUGAGGAUUUAACUGAAUGUGGAUUCACCUCCAUCACAUCUAUUACCAAUCAAUUAAAACAACUAAAUAGUGAUUCAUUCAUUCAUUGA